AUGGCUGCACACAAGGUUGUGCAGAACCUCCGACUCGAGUGCUCCUUUAGCCCAUCUAUUCUCGCCUACCCUUUUUGCUAUCCGUCCCGCCUUCAUUCCUCCGACCUGCUUGGGUUGAUUCAUUUUUCGUCUCUCAUAAUACUCAAUUAUCUAUCUGUCCAUUUCAGUCAUGAGACUGCUUUUCACCCUCUUCAAUUUGGCCGUAAGAACCUCUUCAGUCGUUCACAUUCACACAACCACUCGGUCUUCGGCCCCUUUCUCUUGGCCCUCAACGGGCAGGCAACAAAGCUUUUCGGCUUGUGUCAUCCAGUCCAUGUGUCAUCAGUAGCAAAAAGAGAGAAGACGAGCGGGUUGGAGGGUGCAUCUCAUACCGUGGCCGAGGCGACCCAACAGGUCGUCCGUCCGUUCGCCUGUAGGGCUGUCUACGCGAUAGAGCGCAGUGUAUUACCGGGCCGCAGUCCAUUCAGUUUCACGAAUGUGUACCGGCAUUUCGGCGUCACAGUUAUCGCGGCAACUAAGAGACAAACUUCAUACUCAUCGGCAUUUGGGCCCACUUCUGUCAGGACGGCCGACCGACAAAUUAUGGGAUUCAAGAGGGGCUGGCACGAACGAAAGGCGUGCUUUAUGCCUGAGUCAACCCGCUUCAAGAAUUAUGGCCUUCAGACGCCUCGACCAUUGCUUAAUCUGCACGAAGUAGGUGAAAAAUGUGAAGUUAGACACCGGAAGUGCUUCAUUUUCUGUCCUGCGCCAGAUUAUGCGCGUCUGGAGCGCAAAUUUGAGCCCAACUAA